GAGAAAAGCGGUGGUGGGUUUUCACAGACAAAGCAAUCUGCUGGGUACCAGCGUGACAACACUUAGGAGCAGAGGAGGAGGAGGAGGAGGUGAUGGUUUAGUGCUGUGGUGACUCAAUGCCUGAAUCGUGUCAGAUAAACGAACGAUUCACACACUUUUUUUGCUUAAAAAAAAAGUAGAGAGAUAGAGAGAGAGAGAGAGAGAGAGAGCAAACCUCCAGCAAAUCAAACGUACUUGGUGGAAGUGAGGGAACGAGGGGGGUUGGGGGGGGGGGGAAAGGUCAAUGGUGAAUGGAAUUUUUGGGCUCGAUUUAUAUUCAGACGUCGUUUCCCUUUGGAGUCUUAUAAGUGUCCUUCGUGCUGACACAAACUUGCAUGGCUAAGGAUCUAAUUUAGUUGUUGGGGGAGACUCAAGUCAGUCAGUCAGUUGGUUGGAGCCUUUGCUACUGUCCACCUGCACUCCAUCACCUAACGUUGAAAGGAAAGGUGACUGAAGACACCGAUUUCACCAAAGCAUUCGCUGUCUCUCCAAACCCAUGGCAUCCAAUGUUCCUUCAUCCUCUGGUGCGAGUCAAGACUCCAACCCUACAAAUUUACGACCAGGAGACAGGAAUACAACCUAUGACACCUGGUGCGGUGUGGCUCACGGCUGCACAAAGAAAAUCGGUCUGAAAAUCUGCGGUUUCUUGCAAAGAACCAACAGCAUCGAGGACAAGAGCAGAAUUGGGGGGGCGCUGAAGUCCCCCAAGAACCUGAUCACCUGUGACAACAGCGACAGAGACCUCAGAUUCAGUCGCAACGAGACGGACUUCUCCAAUCUCUACGCCAGAGACCUGUUGCCUGCCAAGAAUGGAGAAGAACAGACAACCCAAUUCCUUCUGGAGGUGGUCGACAUCCUCCUCAACUACGUCAGGAAAACGUUCGACAGGUCCACAAAAGUCCUGGAUUUCCACCACCCACACCAACUCCUGGAGGGAAUAGAGGGCUUCAACCUGGAGCUCUCAGACCAACCUGAGUCCCUGGAGCAGAUACUGGUGGACUGCAGGGACACCCUGAAAUAUGGAGUCAGAACAGGACAUCCUCGUUUCUUCAACCAGCUUUCUUCUGGUCUGGAUAUCAUCGGUUUGGCUGGAGAAUGGCUCACGUCCACAGCUAAUACCAACAUGUUCACGUAUGAAAUCGCACCAGUCUUUGUCCUCAUGGAACAGAUCACUCUGAAGAAAAUGCGGGAGAUGAUCGGCUGGCAGAACGGAGAUGGCGAUGGAAUCUUUUCACCUGGAGGAGCUAUUUCAAAUAUGUAUGGUAUUAUGGCAGCUCGCUAUAAGUAUUUCCCAGAUGUCAAAGUUAAAGGGAUGUCUGCAGCCCCCAAAUUGAUUCUGUUCACUUCAGAGCAUAGUCACUACUCAAUAAAGAAAGCAGGAGCCGCACUUGGUUUUGGAACAGAUAACGUGAUCUUGUUAAAAUGUGACGAAAGAGGGAAAGUAAUGCCAUCUGACCUGGAAGCAAAAAUUAUUGAAGCUAAGCAAAAGGGAUACGUUCCACUUUAUGUUAAUGCAACUGCAGGAACUACAGUAUAUGGCGUGUUUGAUCCUAUUCAGGAAAUAGCAGAUAUAUGUGAUAAAUAUAACCUCUGGCUCCAUGUCGAUGCUGCAUGGGGAGGCGGACUUCUGAUGUCUAGAAAACAUCGCCACAAGUUGAAUGGCAUUGAAAGAGCCAACUCAGUUACUUGGAAUCCCCACAAGAUGAUGGGAGUUUUGUUGCAGUGCUCAGCUAUCCUUGUUCGAGAAAAGGGGCUCCUUCAAGGCUGCAACCAGAUGUGUGCAGGGUACUUGUUCCAGCCUGACAAGCAGUAUGAUGUAUCUUACGACACAGGAGAUAAAGCAAUUCAGUGUGGUCGUCAUGUGGAUAUUUUCAAGUUUUGGUUGAUGUGGAAAGCUAAGGGCACAGUGGGAUUUGAGAUUCAAAUUAACAAGUGCUUGGAUCUGUCAAUGUACCUCUACACCAAGAUUAAAAACAGGGAAGGCUACAAAAUGGUAUUUGAUGGAGAACCUGAGCACACAAACGUUUGUUUUUGGUUCAUUCCACCAAGUCUCCGAGGAAUGCCAGAUUGCGCAGAUCAAAUGGAAAAACUUCACAAGGUGGCUCCAAAAUUAAAGGCACGAAUGAUGGAAUGCGGCACUACAAUGGUUGGGUAUCAACCGCAAGGCGACAAAACUAACUUCUUCCGUAUGGUGGUGUCAAACCCAGCCGCAACAAUGUCCGACAUCGACUUCCUCAUCGAUGAGAUUGAAAGACUGGGACAGGAUUUGUAAAAGGUUAAGUUAGUCUAGUUUGGCAUCACCACCUUUUUUUGCUUUCUCCCGAAACCGAUUACGAUCCUUUUCUAUAAAUCUGUGCAAAAACAGUACAGUGUAUUGUCAGGCAAUAUAUAACUCUGUUCUUUAGCAGUGAGUAUUCAUUAGAAGUAACUAUUUAAGAAAUGCAAAUAUAAAUACAUAUUGUACUUAAUGAGUCAGCCUAAGCAUGUAUGGUCCUUUGAACGAGCUAACCAACCCCUGAACUGUGAGUACUGUGGAUAAUGUGCAGUGAAUUGAACCCAUAGAGGUAAAAUGUUGCUCAAUCAUAGUAGACCUGUUAGAUCCUGCAGAAAUCUUUCUCUUAGCUACACUAUGUAUUGGUGCUUUUUGUCAUAAUGUACAGUUAUGAAAUGUGAAGCACCAUAUUUUAAUCUAGAUGCAUCUCCCCUUAGUUGUGAUUCUGGGGUAAGAGUUACGCAAUUAUUGUACUUGAAAUGUGUUUUUAGGAAAAAAUUAAUUUUGUGUAGAUUGUAUAUUUAAUGUUAACUGAUUUUUGUGAAGAGAAAUAAAUGUCCUAGUUUUACAGUAACAGACUAUUUAAAAUGUAGGUAUAUAAAAAAUAUUUGCCUAUUUAUAUCCAGAAAAUUUACUGUGUUACAGAGGUGUCUAGUAUUUUCUUCCAUUUGUAUGUAAUGUAUCUUUAUUUAUAUAACACAAUAUCAAAUGAGUUCUAAAUGAUGUUUAUGGUAUUUUAGUGUAAAUGUGAGCCAAAGAAUACUGCAAAAUAAUGGUGGACAAUAGCAUUUAUAUUUACUCUGAAUUAUUUAUGCAGCUUUUAAAGUAACAAGUGAAUUAUAUUGCUGCACUUAUUGAAUAAUAUGUAAAACAAAAUAUUAUAUAAAUAUUAAAGCACCCUUCACUUUACUGUAGUUUAUAGCUUUACUCACAAAAAUUGACUUUCUGAAUUUUCAGGUUUAUUAACUACAGUUAAUCAGUUCACUGUACUACAUCCAUCAGUUUCUGUUUUUAAAUAAGGCAGAAAAUGUGGUCGCAAUUCUUUCAGUUGAAUAAAGGUUGACAGAGGGAUCAACAGGGGAAAAAUAUACUGCAGCAUUAUAAAUCCUUAUCUUUAAUCAUAUUUUUGUGAUUUGAUGGCAACACCUUUUUCUGUUUAGCUGUUUCGUAAGAGCGAGAGCUGAAACAGAUUAGUCCAAUUUUAACAUUCAAUAAAGUCAAAAACUUGGAAUCGUAUGAAAGUGGUGGAAUUCAUAUUUCUCUUGUAAGGAGCUGAGUUGAGUUUCUCAUUUAUUGAUUUCUAUGAGGAAUUUUAAUGGUUUUCAAUCUGGAUCUCAGUUCUGUUGGGUUUUAGCUGAUAUGAAACGAAGACAACUUGCUCAAUUUUGAAUUCAAAACCCAAAACAUUUUUUUGAAAUGGUGUUAUCCGUAUGUAAUAAAUCUCCUACCUACCUGUAGUGUAAAAUAAAGAAUAAAGUGGGAAAAAUAUUUACCAAA